UAUAGAAAUUUAAACACGCACUCGCGAGAAAACUUGGAUCAGAAACAUUUGGCUGAAAGUUCGGUUAGAGACUCAGUACAAUGUUAAUGCUUUAUGCAUACAUAUAUAUCCACACGCACAGCUAACUUUAUAUUUAUCUAACAAAUAAAUCUUUAUGCAAGUGGAUAUAAUUAGUAAUAUAAUAGUGAUAAUAAUCAAAGAUCAAGCACGUGGUAUAAUAGUGAUAAUAGUGGUCAAGCGCAGUGGUCAGUCUUAUUUUUGUGUUCAACUGCUUCUUCAACAACUAUUUGGAUAUGCUGAGUAAGGUGAUGAGCCUCUUAAUUCGUGUUCUUAUUUUAAAUGCCAUAAUCGGUUUAUUACAAUCUCAAGGACAAUCCCGGUCAAAUUGGUUCCGCAGACAUUACAAUAAUACGAACAGACCGCAAUUAAUGAAUAUAAUAGAUCUGGGUAUUGGAACAUUGAAAUUCUUGAAGCAAAAUCAACGUUUUCGAAGUCAAGAAAUACCGGAUAUGACACCGCAAUACAGAGACACAUUCGAUUUCAUAGUGAUUGGUGCCGGCACGGCCGGCGCUACAAUGGCCGCGAGGUUGAGUGAAAUUCCUCAUAUCAAAAUAUUGCUGAUCGAAGCCGGAUCCCACGAGAAUAUGUUCCUGGAUAUACCUGUAACCGCUCCCCUUCUAUCGUUGGACAAUGAUAUCAAUUGGAAGUACAAAACUAAGCCGUCCGACAAGUACUGUGUCGGUAUGAAAGAUAAUAGUUGCAUUUGGCCGGCGGGAAAAAUAAUCGGCGGUAGUAGUGUGCUAAAUUACAUGAUAGCCAAUAGAGGUGAUGCCGAAAACUACGAUCGUUGGGCCAAGAUGGGGAGCGAAGGCUGGGCAUACAAGGACGUUCUUAAGUAUUUUAAAAAGUUGGAAACAAUCGAUAUCCCGGAGCUAAAAUCGGAUAUCGUUUAUCAUGGUACUGAUGGACCAGUACAUAUCACUUCUCCGUCAUAUCAAACACCAUUAGCAGAAGCCUUUCUAAAAGCUGGUAAGGAAUUAGGAUAUCCAAUAAUAGUAGAUUACAACGGGAAAAACGGAAGAGGAUUUUCAUAUUCACAAACUACGAUCAUGAACGGCACUCGCAUGAGUAGCAAUAGAGCGUAUCUGCAUCCCGUACGCAAUCGUGAAAAUCUUUUUGUGACUCUUCAGAGCACAGUGACAAAAGUACUAAUCGAUCCUAGCACAAAUCGUGCAGUCGGCGUCGAGUUUAUCAAGAAUAGUCGGACUAUCCCUGUGUUUGCAAGUAAAGAGGUGAUUCUGUGCGCAGGUGCAAUCAAGUCGCCUCAGUUGUUAAUGUUAUCCGGCAUUGGACCAGCAAAACACCUUACCGAACUCGGCAUAAACGUCGUUCAAAAUGCGCCAGUCGGCGAGAACCUCAUGGACCAUCUAGCUUUCCUUGGAUUGACAUGGGCAAUAAACGCACCAAUAGAUAUACAAACAUAUGAAAUGAUAAACCCCAUUAAUUCAUAUAUGGCGGAAUUUUUAAUGAAUCGAAUCGGACCAUUUACGAUUCCGGGCACGGCUGAGGCUCUCGGUUUUGUCGACACAAAAAACCCAGACAAACAUAAUGAUUUACCAGAUAUCGAAUUACUGUUUCUUAGUAUGACAAUGAAAGAUCUAUUUUCACCGAAGGUACUCAAUUUGAAAGAUUCAAUACAUCAGGAAUGGAUCAAAUACAGUGAAAUCAAUGGCUGGAACAUUGUACCAAUAUUGUUGAAACCAAAAAGUCGUGGUAGAUUAACGUUGUUAGCUAAUGACGUUAAUAUUAAACCAGAAAUCGUACCGAACUAUUUCGACGAUCCAGACGACGUCAAAACGAUGAUCGCCGGUAUUAGAACAGCGUUAAGAAUUGGUCAAACAAAGAUGAUGCAAGCGUUUGAUUCUCAAUUGUUAAACAUGACUAGUAUGGAAUGCGACAAUUAUGAGUAUAACUCUGAUACUUAUUGGGAAUGCAUGAUAAGGAUGAUAUCUUCCACGCUGUUUCAUUAUUCUGGAACUUGCAAAAUGGGAGCGAGGGGAGAUCCAACUGCUGUUGUCGAUCCUAAAUUAAAGGUGAUUGGUAUUCAGAGAUUACGAGUGGUAGACGCGUCCAUUAUGCCCGAAAUUAUAUCGGCGCACACAAACAUACCUGUUUAUAUGAUCGCUGAAAAAGCUGCGGAUAUGAUCAAGGAAGAAUGGGGAUACUUGAAGAAAUUACAUUAGAUGCAAUUACAUUACUUUCUAUUAAUAUUUUAAUUUAGUAUAAAAAACAUACUGUAAAUAUCACACAAGGCGAUAUAUAAUACAUGUAUGUAUGUAUGUAUGGUAUAUUGUGUCGAUUUAUGUGUUAGGCAACAACAAAUCUGCGAAGGUUGCAUAUAAAUAAUAUUACGAUUUAUUACUUCAAUAUAGAUUUUACGUUUAUUACAAAUGUCACACAUGUGUGAGCAUUUUGCAAACAAAAUAACUUGAUCGAAGGAGAACCUCUUCGCAAGCUGUUACAGAGCAAGCUAGCAUGUACACAGUGCACGUGAUGCGAGUUGGCAUGGCUGAAGCUUUCACACGCCCGAAGUAACCAUAUCAUGACAACUUGUCGACAGUGAUACAACUCUGCUACUGCUCGGAUAGGCAACAAAAA